AUGAUCAGGAACAAGAAGAAGAAGAAGAGGAACAACAAGAAGAGGAAGAAGAAGAAGAGGAGGAAGGAGGAGGGAAAGAAGAAGAAGGAGGAGAAGAAGGAGGAGGAGAAGGAGGAGGAGGAGAAGAAGAAACAGAAGGAGGAGGAGGAGGAGAAGAAGAGGACGGAGGGGGAGGAGGAGGAGAAGAAUAAGGAGGGGAGGGAGGAGGAGGAGGAGAAGGAGAAGAAGAAGAAGAAUUAUAAAAAAAAAGACGAGCUAAGAUAG